CGGACGGUGAUGGCGGCGGUCGCAGCGGACCCAGCUGCAGCUGCCGUCCCGGCCUCUGCUGAGGACAGAGAGACACAGCCCGAGGCAAUGCCAGACCUGGAUCAACAGUGGCGCCAAAUCGGGAAUGGGCGAGAGCGUCCACUGCGAGCUGGCGAAAGCUGGUUCCUUGUGGAGAAACACUGGUAUAAACAGUGGGAGGCGUAUGUGAAGGGAGGGGAUCAAGAUGCUAGCACCUUUCCUGGCAGUAUCAACAAUUCGGGGCUCUUUGAAGAUCAGAUAAGCUGGCACCUCAGGGAGAGACUGGUAGAAGGAGAUGAUUAUGUGCUGCUCCCAGCGCCUGCUUGGAACUACCUGGUCAGCUGGUAUGGCUUAAAGGAUGACCAGCCACCUAUUGAGCGCAAGGUCAUAGAACUUCCUGGCAUUCGAAAGGUGGAAGUGUACCCAAUAGAGCUGCUGCUCGUUCAGCACAGUGAUAUGGAAACAGCUCUCACCAUUCAGUUUAGCUAUUCUGAUUCUGUCGACCUAGUCUUGCAAACAGCCCGGGAGCAGUUUCUGGUAGAGCCUCAGGAAGACACGCGCCUCUGGACCAAGAACUCAGAGGGCUCUUUGGAUCGAUUAUGUAACACGCAGAUCACACUGCUUGAUGCCUGCCUUGAGACUGGGCAGUUGGUCAUCAUGGAGACCCGAAACAAAGAUGGCACUUGGCCCAGCGCUCAGCUGUGUGGCAUGAACAACAUGCCGGACGAGGAUGAGGACUUCCAGGGCCAACCAGGCAUCUGUGGCCUUACCAAUCUGGGCAACACGUGCUUCAUGAACUCGGCCCUACAGUGCCUCAGCAAUGUGCCACAGCUUACGGAGUACUUUCUCAACAACCGCUACCUGGAGGAGCUCAACUUCCGGAACCCUCUGGGCAUGAAGGGUGAGCUUGCUGAGGCCUAUGCAGAUCUGGUAAAGCAGACUUGGUCUGGCUACCACCGCUCCAUUGUGCCGAAUGUUUUCAAGAACAAGGUUGGCCAUUUCGCAUCCCAGUUUCUGGGCUACCAGCAGCAUGACUCACAGGAACUACUGUCAUUCCUCCUGGAUGGACUACAUGAGGACCUCAAUCGAGUCAAAAAGAAAGAAUAUGUUGAGCUAUGCAAUGGUGCUGGGCGGCCUGAUCUGGAAGUGGCUCAGGAAGCCUGGCAGAACCACAAACGACGAAAUGAUUCUGUGAUUGUGGACACUUUCCAUGGCCUCUUCAAGUCUACACUGGUGUGCCCUGAUUGUGGCAAUGUUUCUGUGACCUUUGACCCCUUCUGCUACCUCAGUGUCCCACUGCCUGUCUGCUCCAGGAGGGUCUUGGAGGUCUUCUUUGUCCCCAUGGAUCCCCGCCGCAAGCCAGAACAGCACCGGGUUGUAGUCCCUAAGAAGGGCAAUAUCUCAGAUCUGUGUGUGGCUCUGUCCACACAUACAAGUGUUGCACCAGAUAAGAUGAUAGUAGCUGAUGUCUUCAGUCACCGAUUCUAUAAGCUCUACCAGCUGGAGGAUCCUCUGAGUGGCAUCUUGGAUCGUGAUGAUAUCUUUGUAUAUGAGGUGACUGGACGGAUUGAGCCUGUUGAGGGUUCAAGAGAUGAUAUUGUGGUUCCUGUUUACCUGCGGGAGCGCACCCCGUCCAGAGACUACAACAACUCCUACUACGGUCUGAUACUUUUUGGGCACCCUCUCCUGGUGUCAGUGCCCCGGGACCGGUUCUCCUGGGAGGGCCUAUAUAACAUCUUGAUGUACCGGCUUUCACGAUAUGUGACCAAACCCACCUCAGAUGACGAUGAUGGGGAUGAGAAAGGUGAUGAGAAUGAGGAUGAGGAUGUCGAAGAUGACAGCAGCAGUGAAGAAGAAAAGGAGGAAAUGUCUGGACCUACCGAUAAUGAUGGUACCCAAGAAUCAGAGCAGGAGCAGGCUGGGACCAGCUCUGGGGUCACCGGAAGAUGCCCAUCCCUCUUAGACAACAGCCUCCACACAUCGCAGUGGCCCCCAAGGCGACGACGAAAGCAAUUGUUUACUCUGCAGACAGUGAACUCCAAUGGAACCAGUGACCGGACCACCUCCCCUGAAGAAGCCCAAACUCAGCCGUACAUUGCCAUGGAUUGGGAACCAGAGAUGAAGAGGCGCUAUUAUGAUGAAGUAGAGGCUGAGGGCUAUGUGAAGCAUGACUGCGUGGGAUACAUGCUGAAGAAGAAUCCAGUGCAGCUGAAGGAGUGCAUCAAACUCUUCACCACUGUGGAAACCCUUGAGAAGGAGAACCCUUGGUAUUGCUCCUCCUGCAAGCAGCACCAGCUAGCCACUAAGAAACUGGACCUCUGGAUGCUACCUGAAGUUCUCAUUAUCCAUCUGAAGCGUUUUUCAUUUUCCAAAUUUUCCCGGGAGAAGCUGGACACCCUGGUGCAGUUUCCUAUCCGGGAUCUGGAUUUCUCUGAGUUUGUCAUCAAACCAAAGAAUGAGUCUGCUCCAGACCUGUACAAAUAUGAUCUCAUCGCAGUUUCCAACCAUUAUGGUGGCAUGCGUGAUGGACACUAUACAACAUUUGCCUGCAACAAGGACAGUGGCCAGUGGCACUACUUUGAUGACAACAGUGUCUCACCUGUGAAUGAGAAUCAGAUUGAGUCCAAGGCAGCCUAUGUCUUGUUCUAUCAACGCCAAGAUGUGGGUCGACGCCAGUCCCAGACUGCUUCAUCUGAGACCCCCACCUCUCCUGCUUCGAGUUCUACACCCAACUCUGACAUCAUGGAUGUCAACUAAGGAGACCUGAAACCUAUUGCAGAGAAGGAAGCCCCCUUUGCCACUCUUUCUUGUCUACUCUCUCUCUUACUUGUGUUCAUCUUUCCCCUCCCCCCAACAUUGCAGGCUUAGUCUGUUGCUACUGUUCUCUUGUACCGCUGUAUUACUCUCUCAGAAAGAAGAGGCCCUGUGCCCCUGGCGGUGUGCUCCUGCCUGUGUGUGCCCGUACAGCAGUGACUUCCCCUCCUAGUCUUAUUUAUGCUCCCCUUCCCUCUUUUCCUCAUGCCAAAGUGUUCUUAGUGGCUGAUUCGGGGGGGUUCACAUGAACACAGAGUGUAUUUUCUUAUUGAGACCAUACCUUCUCUGUGUUAAGUAUACAUAAAAAGACCAAGACUCCUAUGUUCAGCAGUGUGGUUUAUUUCUUCGUAUGUACUUAUUAUGCACCAGCCAUAGGUCUUUGUUCUGUGUAAUUACUGAAGGUAUGUGGUUGAUGCUAUUCUGAAUGGGUUUGUUGAUUUUGAGACAGGGUCUGUCUGUAUAGCUCUCGAUGUCCUGGAACUCACUGUGGACCAGGCUGACCUUCAGCUCAGAAAUUAGGCCUCUGCCUCCUAAGUGCUGGGAUUAAAGGUAUGGCUACAACACCUA